AUAACAGAAGCUCCUGCUUGACGGCCGGCGAGAAGAAACGGGGAGGGGAGGGCUUGAGAAACCGUUUCGUUGUCGCCGGGGGGACCUUCACCAUGAGGCAGAAAAAGAAAGGAGAUCUCAGCCGAGCAGAACUCAUGAUGAUGACUAUAGCUGAUGUCAUCAAACAACUCAUUGACGCCCAUGACGAGGGCAAAGAUGUGAAUUUAAACAAGAUUAAAACAAGGACGGCUGCCAAGUAUGGCCUUUCAGCACAGCCACGCCUGGUUGACAUCAUUGCUGCUGUUCCCCCUCAGUACCGCAAAGUGCUGGUUCCUAAGCUGAAAGCAAAACCCAUCCGAACUGCUAGUGGGAUUGCUGUUGUGGCAGUAAUGUGCAAACCACACAGAUGUCCACAUAUUAAUUUCACAGGAAAUAUAUGUGUAUACUGUCCUGGAGGGCCUGAUUCAGACUUUGAAUAUUCAACACAGUCUUACACUGGAUAUGAGCCAACAUCUAUGAGAGCCAUACGUGCCAGAUAUGAUCCUUAUCUCCAGACCAGACACCGAGUUGAACAACUGAAACAGCUGGGUCACAGCAUCGACAAAGUGGAAUUCAUUGUGAUGGGUGGAACAUUCAUGGCUCUUCCAGAAGAAUACAGAGAUUACUUUAUCCGUAAUUUGCAUGAUGCCUUAUCAGGUCAUACGUCUAACAAUGUAGCAGAAGCGGUCAAAUACUCUGAGCGAAGCCUUACAAAGUGCAUUGGGAUUACUAUAGAGACCAGGCCAGAUUAUUGUCUAAAACGGCAUUUGAGUGACAUGUUGUCCUAUGGAUGCACAAGGCUGGAGAUUGGAGUACAAAGCAUUUAUGAAGAUGUGGCCAGAGAUACUAACAGGGGCCAUACAGUAAAGGCUGUGUGUGAAUCGUUCCACUUAGCCAAAGAUGCCGGGUUCAAGGUGGUAGCGCAUAUGAUGCCAGAUCUCCCCAACAUGGGACUUGAGAGAGACAUCAACCAGUUUGUGGAGUUUUUUGAGAAUCCUGCCUUUCGUCCAGAUGGCAUGAAGCUAUACCCAACUCUUGUGAUCCGUGGCACUGGCCUCUAUGAACUCUGGAAAACCGGGAGGUACAAAAGUUAUCCUCCAAGCACCCUUGUGGAUUUGGUGGCAAGGAUUCUUGCCCUCGUGCCUCCCUGGACUCGAGUGUACCGAGUACAAAGAGAUAUCCCAAUGCCUUUAGUCACUUCUGGAGUGGAACAUGGCAACUUGAGAGAACUGGCUUUGGCUAGGAUGAAGGACUUGGGAACAGAGUGUCGUGAUGUGAGAACAAGAGAAGUUGGAAUACAAGAGAUACAUCACAAAGUCAGACCCUACCAGGUUGAGCUGGUCCGGAGAGACUAUGUGGCCAAUAGUGGUUGGGAGACCUUUCUUUCUUAUGAAGAUCCUGAGCAGGACAUCCUGAUUGGACUUCUACGUUUGCGGAAAUGUUCGGAGGACACCUUCAGAUCGGAGCUGAAGGGUGGUGUCUCCAUUGUCCGGGAACUCCAUGUCUAUGGGAGUGUGGUUCCUGUCAGCAGCCGAGAUCCCUCUAAAUUCCAGCAUCAGGGAUUUGGAAUGCUGCUCAUGGAAGAGGCAGAGAGAAUUGCCAAGGAAGAGCAUGGCUCAUGGAAGAUAGCUGUCAUUUCAGGUGUGGGUACCAGAGAUUACUACAGGAAGAUUGGCUAUGGACUAGAAGGGCCCUAUAUGGUGAAAAGACUGGACUGAAAUUUAGCGAAGAACACCUGAGGCUUUGCAUUUGCACAUUAAGGCCCAGAGCAGAAUGGAGAUGCCAUGGCCCUACUUCAAACAUUGUCUGAACUAGCCAAACAAGGUCCAUUUAGAUCACUUGAUCUCAAAGAGUGGAUUCUCUUUUGAGUAUCACAUUCAAAUCCAUCCAAUGAAUUUUGUUGGCUCUUCUAUAACAGGCAAAAAAAAAAAAGAGUUGACCAUUAUUUCAUUUCUCUGAUUAUCAUUUAUAAAGGGGUAACAGCCUGGAAACCUUCAGGGUUUCAGAUCUAUGGUAUCAUAAGGCAGGGGUGUCAAACUUGCGGCCAGAUGUGUCACAUGAUGGACAUGCUAACCCCCAUUUUAGCAAAGGGGGGAAAAGUGAUACGUCAUGUGAUGACAACGUGACACCACGAGUUUGACACCCCAUCAUAAGGUGUCUGCAACGUAGACCUUUUUAUAUCAGCUGCAGCUAUUUUUAACAGCGUUGGGCUUUCUUUUGGUUUAGUCUAAUGUUAAGUGACAAUUGCCUCGUAUGCAAGAUUAAACUUGCCACUUUUAGUAUCUGCCGUGUUAGCCUGACCUUCAGUUGUUUACUUGAUAGCCUCAGAGUAUAUCUGGCUUUACAGAUAAAGUUUAUACUCCUACUUGCAGAUACACAAGAGAAAAGGCAUUAUUUCUUCUAUAAAGUAAAAUUGCUCCUGCCAAUUAAAUACAGGUUUUUACAUUCACUGCGUAUUUAUGUUGACAUCUGUAUCCCUCCACUUUAUUAUCUACGUACCAGUGUGGUUCACAAAAGCUUAAGACCACCAUGCUGCAUUAAACCAUAGAGU